UCCUCUCUAUUUCCUCUAUAUAUAUCCAACUCCUUCCUCUUUGCUCACACAACUUUAGACAGCCUCUGAUUUCCCUCUUUGUGUCUGAGUUGUCUCUCUCUCUUUCACUCCUUGAAAUGGCGUCGAAAGUUUUGAUGCCAAACUUAAUUCUAAACCAUGUUGCAUUUCCAGGGGAUCAGGCUCAAUUGCACUCAUUUGGGCAAGUUUGUUUGCCAAAAAAGGAAGGGAUUUCUUCAUCAAGACAAUCUGUUAUUGCUAACAACUCUGCAGUAACGCCAGCAUCUAUGGUCGUCAGUAUCAAAACUUGUUCUAUCUUAUCUCAUUUCUGGAGAGAGGUUCAAGGUUCAAAUAACUGGGAAUAUCUAAUUGAACCAUUGCACCCUCUUCUCCGAAAAGAGAUUAUUAGAUAUGGAGAGUUCGUUGCAGCUUGUUACAAGGUCUUUGAUCUCGACUCCAACUCCAAAAGGUACUUGAAUUGCAAGUAUGGAAAAAAGAGCAUGCUAAAGGAAGUUGGGAUGGAGAAUUCAGGUUACCAAGUGACCAAAUACAUCUAUGCUACACCUGAUGUUAAUAUCCCAAUCCAAAAUGGGGCUUCAUGCGGGCGUUGGAUUGGAUAUGUAGCAGUUUCAUCAGACGAAGCUGUUAAAAGGCUGGGGAGAAGAGAUGUGCUGAUUACUUUUCGAGGAACGGUUACAAACCAUGAAUGGAUUGCCAAUUUCAUGAGUUCACUCACACCUGCACGCCUCGACCCGCAUAAUCCGAGGCCAGAAGUGAAAGUGGAGUCUGGGUUUUUGAGCUUGUAUACGUCAGAUGAAACUGAUAGUAGGUUCGGGCUUGAAAGUUGUCGAGAACAGCUUUUAUCUGAGGUUUCCAGGCUAUUAAACGAGUAUAAAGGCGAGGAGUUGAGCAUCACUUUGGCUGGUCAUAGUAUGGGGAGUGCUUUGGCUCUUCUUCUUGCAUAUGAUAUUUCAGAGCUUGGUUUGAAUAAAAAUGAUUCAGACCAAGAUCAAAUACCUCUCACAGUCUUCUCCUUCGGGGGACCAAGAGUUGGGAACUCAAGUUUCAAGCAAAGGUGUGAGGACUUAGGAGUGAAAGUGUUGAGAAUAGUGAAUGUCAAUGACCCCAUUACAAAGCUUCCAGGUGUGUUAUUCAAUGAGAAUUUUACGGUUUUGGGAGGGAGAUAUGAGUUUCCAUGGAGCUGCUCUUGUUAUGCUCAUGUUGGAGUUGAACUAGUCUUAGACUUCUUCAAUGUCCAAAAUCCUUCAUGUGUGCAUGACCUUGAAACCUAUAUCAGCUUACUCAAAUGGCCCAAAACAGUGCAGAUUCAAAAGGAGGGUGUUGAUUUCUUGAAUAGGGCAAGGGAGUUGCUCUUGAGUGCCCAGAAUUUAAACAUUAAUUUUCCAUGGAAAGAUGCUGCAAUCAACAUGGUAAACAUGGUUCAAUCUCAAAGAACCUAA